AGAAGACAAAAAUGUAAUUUCGCUUCAUUCAGAGCCUCUGAAUACAUUUUCCAACACAAACAUCAAUAACAAAAGUUUAUGUACAUUUUUUGUUCUGUCGUUGAAAUAGUAAAUCACAAUUUUAAACAAAACUUUUCGACAACAAAAUGACAGCUAUAUUUCUUUAAAUUACUAAGUGAGUUCGAACUGCACAAAUAAAGACAUUAUACAAAAAAUGAUAAAACGCUGUUAUUUUAGAUGAAUCCUACAAAGGCUCUGGAAAAUGGAUUGCUAAGACCCAUCUGCCAGCUGGGAUGUGCUUUGAAUGGAAAUGGGUUGUUAUCCAUCGCGAUCACUACUCCGCUUACCGGUGGGAGGAGUGUGAGAAUAGAAUUUCAACACUGGAGAAACACAGUGGACGAUACCUCGCCCCGUGGAAUAACGCUAUGGUGUUCAACGAAGAGUCAUGCACUCCAGAAAACGAUGAAAGACAACCCAAUCUCAUGGAGGAACACACAACGCCGAACCCUGAAAUCGGAACACAGGUGGUGUCGCGAUUCGCACCAUUCUCAAGAAGACUCUUUGGUAGAAUUUUCGGGCUCUUUUAUGACACAAGGUCUCUGAUAUUUUCUACGUUUGAAGCUGUUCGAAACAUAAUGGUUCGAUCUAGCUAUCGCCGAGGAGGCAGAGGGUCGUCAAUGGAGGACGAGAGGAAUCUGAGGAUGUGGGUGUAGACAUGGUCGACGGAACUAUAAGCCGCUAAUCUAGAACAGGGGACUGAUAAUCAACCAAUCUUUUUUACUUGCUCAACUAUUUACUUUUUUUUUAAAUUUUGAAUCAUGACAAUCAUCAGUGAUGCCAAAUAGUCAUCAGGUUUUUCGAAACAUUCUUCGGUGUUGCCGAACAUUCAUCAGAUUUGCCAAACAUCAAUGUUGCCAAAUAAUCGCUAGUGUUGCCACGUAAGACAAAACCUCUAGCACGUCACAAUGUUACACCCUUUCCGAAACAGAACACAACUCUUGGAAUUUUCUUCUGGAUUCACGAAAUUCAUUUUAAAUAUCAGCUGGUGGUAAAUAGGCAAAGACUCAUUUCACCAAAAUACACAGUCAGAGAACCUGUUCUUUUCCAUGGAGUCUGUAGAACACCGGAGCAUGCGCGCCCGCCUCGCGGAACCUAGACCAGUAUGCAAUUCAGAUCUCACAAGUUUUGUUUUGUACACAUUUUUGCUUUGACUGAACAUUUUCUAUUUAAAGAUUGUUUAACCAUU